CUUCCUAUUUUUAUCCCCGGACUAGUCCGCUGUAAGUUUCGGGAAAUCAUUCAUUACUGCGACGAAACUUCAGUGGGGUUCUGUUAGUAUUACGCUUGAAGAUAAAUAAGAUUCAUGGCCCACAAAGCUGUCGAUAGCGCCUCAAAGAAAUUUAUCCAAAUUGAUGUCUGCUCAGACACUGUUUGCCCAUGGUGCUUUGUUGGCAAGAAGAACCUUGAGAAAGCUAUGAGCCUAGCUAAGGAUCAGUUUAACUUUGAGGUAAAGUGGCAUCCAUUUUUACUUAAUCCUCAUGCGCCAAAAGAAGGCAUCAUAAAGUCUGAAUUUUACAAAAACAAGUUUGGAUCUACCCAAUCUGAGCGCAUUAUAUCACGAAUGAAAGAGGUUUUUAGGGGCCUUGGUUUUGAGUAUGACACUGCUGGGAUGACGGGAAACACCUUGGACAGUCACAGGCUCAUAUCAUUUGCUGCUAAUCAAGGCUAUGAAAAACAAAAUUCACUUGUUGAGGAGUUAUUCCAGAAUUAUUUCAUUCAAGGGAAGUUUCUUGGUGAUAAGCAAGUACUUUUGGAUGCUGCCCAGAAGGUUGGCAUAGAAGGAGCUGCAGAAUUCAUUAAUGACCCCAAUAAAGGCCUUAAAGAGGUUAAUGAAGAACUGCAGAAGUAUUCCUCUCAAAUUUCGGGUGUUCCACACUUUGUGAUUAAUGGAUCAUAUGAGAUCAGUGGCGGGCAACCUCCAGAGGCCUUCUUGCAUGCAUUUCAAGCGGUAUCAAAAUAAAUAAAUAAAGCUGGUAAAUAUAUCUCGUUUAUGCCUAAAUAUGGUCCAUUUAUGUGACAUGAGUGACUAUUGGAAAUCUUUCUGUAACUAUGUUGCUGUUAUAUUUACUUCUGAGUCAUUCUGAUGGUCUAACUAUAUUUAUACUAUAAUAUACUUUUUGCAUAUAUG